AUGCGUCCAAAUUCCAAUUCUAACACUUCAACUGGAAAGUGGUUUCCGUUUUCCUGUUUGUUUAUUCUACAAGCCCUGGUUGCCAUUGCAACUAUCACUUGGAUCAUCGUGAAUGUAAUGUUUUUUGUUAAUACAAAUAAUAACACAAGCAAAGCAUUCAACGAGAAGCUAUUUAAGGAGUCAUACGGGUGGGAAAUCAUAGAUAUUGGCCACAAUAUUAGCCAUGAAGUACCUGAAGAUGACUUUAAGGGAAGAAAAUUGAUAAACGAGGAUUUUGGACCUCAAGAGUAUCCGAAUUCGUACCCUUGGAAAAUGCAUGGAGAUCUCGGUUUCCUUCCAAAUGGUGAAAAGGCGUGGAAACCUUCCCCGCCUCCUCCAAAAGACCUUAAUAUUCCUGUUGCACUUGCCCAGGGAGGUGGAUUCAAUCUGAACCUAUCAGAUGCCCUUCCUUUGGACAGAAAUGUCUCAGAUUACCGUGAUCUACAAUGCAAAUUGAUUAACUAUGAUAUCAGCAAAAUGGAAAAGAUUUCCGUAAUCAUAGUUUUUUAUAACGAACCAUUUUCAACUCUGAUGAGGUCUGUACAUUCAGUGUUAAAUAGGACCCCUCCAUCUCUUUUGGAUGAGAUCAUUCUUGUUGACGAUGGUAGCAAUAGUGAGCAUAUCAAGGUAGGAGGGAAUAAUCUACUUGUGAAUUACAUAAAUACUCUACCAAAGGUCCGUCUGAUUAGAAAUGCAAAGAGAUCCGGAAUUGUCGGGGCUCGACUUGCAGGAAUUAAUGCAUGUAGAUCCCCUAUUUUUGUAAUUUUGGAUAGCCACAUCGAAGUACAACCAGUUUGGGCAGAACCAAUAAUUAAAAGAAUUCAGGAAGAUCCAAGGAGAAUUGUAAUGCCUCAAAUUGAUUCUAUUGAUAGUGAGACAUUUGAAUUUGUCAAUGGUGGGAUUGGAUGCACUCUUGGAUUUUUAUGGAAACUGAUUGAGCAUGCCUUCCCUCAGCAGAUCUCUCCAGACCCCAGGAGAAGGUAUGCGAAAAGUUAUGACUACGUUUCUUCUCCAACCAUGGCUGGAGGUUUACUUGCAGCUAACGUGGCCUUUUUCAAGCAGAUUGGAUCGUAUGACCCUCAGUUUGAGUAUUGGGGAACAGAGAACCUUGAGCUCUCGUUCAGAGUUUGGAUGUGUGGAGGUUUUAUUGAAUGUGCACCCUGCAGUAGAGUUUUCCAUGUUUUCCGAAAGGGUGGAGUGGGUUACUCAUCUCCUUCCCAUGCUGUUUUAAAGAACAAGCUCAGAACGCUUUAUAUUUGGAUGGAUGAGUUUGGCGACCUCGCUUGGAGAGUUAUGGGAAGGCCUAGAGUAGAUACUGGGCCUUUAGAUGAGAGAAUCAAACUGAGAGAGAAACUGCACUGUAACUCAUUCAAGUGGUUUUUAGAGAACGUUAAUCCUGAGGCUGAAGUUAAGUCCAUUGAUGAUGUUCCAUAUAUAGGAAAUAUAAAAAAUGUCGGUUCAAAUUUGUGUAUUGAUACCGAUGGAUUUAACAAUCCUGGUGGGAAAGUUAGGCUUUGGAGUUGCCACACUGGGGAGACUCAAAACUUUAUGUACUUUAAGACCUCAAGACACUGGAUGGUCACAAUUAACGAUGAGUCCUGCAUAACUGAAAAAUUCAAGUUAGACUGGUGUAAUGAGCACUCUUAUCAAUGGGAUGUGGAAAUUGUCUCCAAGAAGCCUCUUACAGCUUUGAUAAAACGUGGUAAAUCAUGUAUCACAGCUGUGGAUAGCCAGCUUAUGUUGAAAACUUGUGAGACAGACAACAAAUUCCAGCAAUGGGAAAUUGAGUCUUACGAUUUAACUAAAAGAGUCCUCCCUUCCCCCGAGAAUCUCCUUAAGAAAAAGGGAUUCAGGGGGACAAGUGAGGUUUAG